AUGAAUCCCUAGCCUAUUGCCCCACUAAUAACAGAUUAUUAAUCAAUAGUAGUAACUUUAUUUGACUAAAGUCUGUAUGCAAUUUCCUAAAAUGAUUACUUAAUUUAAAAAAUAUCAUUUUAAAACUACUCUACAGAUAUUGUUUAAAUUUCUCUUACAUAAAAUAAUAUCUUAAUAAUCUAAAAAAAUUUUAUAAUAGAAGUUUAUUAAUUAGAUUUAGUCAAUAAAAUUGCUUAAUUAACUGAUAAAUAUAAUUCAGCAACUUAAAUAUAAAUUUGGAAGGUUAAGAAGUAUUUUCCUUAACCUUAAUACCCUUAGCUUUUUGAAGUCUACAUUUUUUCAUAGGAUACCACAUUUACUCUUUUGAAAAAAACAGCAAAUUCUUUUACUGUUUUUCAGCAAAUAUAAAAUUUACCUCUUGCUAAAGGUUUAGAUAUCACAUUUAUAUAAAAUAACCCAUUAGAUAAUUACAUUUUUAUACUUGGCAUUACAAACUAAUAAACUGCAACACUUCCAUACCAAUGCUUAGUGAUUUAAAAAAAUUCCCCUAAUUUUAUUUAGUUCUUUAGUGUAAGUUCUGCAUAGUCACUUAUAUAACCAGUUACUUUUUACGACUCUUAAAAUAAUCUGAUAUAUAAUGUGAAGGUAGUACAAAAUCUCAGCUUUAUGUCUAUUUUAGGAACACAAACAUUUAAUUCUGUCGAUCUAUCUAAUUAUUAAGAUGAUACAACUCUAUUGUUUAAUAUUUAAGGAUCUAAUCAACUUGUGACUGAAGAUUAAAACUUUAUUUAUGUGUAUGAUUAGUAGGGAUUUAUAGGCUUAAAUCCUUAUAAAACUAAUUUUUAUUCAUAGUUUUACAAUAUUUCUUAAUCUGAUUUUAGUAGUGGAGAUAAUAUUACUGACGUAAAAAUGAGUUAUACUUUAAACAGAUACUUUAUCAUUAGGAGAUCAAUAUACAUAUUUAAUAUUAACGACAAUAGUUUUUUAGAAACUGUUUAAUUUGAAAUAAAUACUUCUGCUUAAGUAAAUCAAUUUAUAAUUUUAGAAAGUGAAUAAGUAGUGAUAGCAAGUAAAAUUAACAUAAUUAAACUAAAAAAUUUUCAAACUAAUUAAACCAGCACUUUUAUGGAUUCAACAUAUACAAUAACUAGUAUAUAAAUAACUCCUUUAUAAAGUUAGAAUAUGAUAACUGUAUAUGGUAACAGAAUUAUUAGAUUAAAUCUCAACCUUUUGAAUUAGGAAAAUAUUUCUAUAAAUUUUGAUCCAUUAUACGCAACAUACUGUUAGUUUCCACCUUAAAACAUUAUAUGUAAGUUAAGCAACAAUCAAGUUACAAUUCUAGAAUUGAAAAAGCUAACUGUAGUUUAAUAAUUCGCUUCAAAAAAUUUAAUAUCAUCAUUUCUCAUUCAAAUUGAUUCUCUAUAGAAUAGACUAUUCCUAUACACAGAUUCAAUUGAAGUAUAUGAUCUAAAAGGUAUAUUUUAGUAGACAGUAACUUAAAGCUAAGGAACUAUUAUUAACUUAAAUGUUUACUAAAAAUCGCUUGUCCUCGUAACAACUUCAACUUUAGUGGUAUUAGAUAGAAGCUCUUUAGCAAACUUAGGAACUUUGUAGGGUUCAGGAGGAGGUUAAAUACUUAAUGUUUCCUAUCUAGAAGAUUAUAAUCAUAUUCUAGUUUACACAAAUAUUAUUAGAUUUGCUUAAGUGUUUGUUUUUAGCCUAGAUAGUUUAAUUUAAGUUACUUCUAUAAAGAAUUAAUAUACAUAAAAUAGCGUAACUAUUGUUGCAGACUCUAUUUUUGACAAGUAUAUGAAUAUAUAUGCAUUUUUAGAUCAAACUGGAAGUGUUACUUUUAUAGAUUAUUAAGGAAUUUAUCAAUAAAUAAAUAUCCUAAAGAUUAGAGAAUUUAAUUCAGGUAAAAACCCAAGUCCUGUAGGAUUAAGACUUUGCCCUGAGAUAAAUGUUUUGCUAAUAUUUAGUAACAAAGUAAUAUACAUAGCAAAUUAUGCUUAAAUUACUGAUAGUUAUAAAAGGUAUACUCUAAAAAGAGGUACUUUUUUUAUAGAAAUUAAUUCAAUUAGAUAAAAUCAAUCAGAAAAUUAUAGUUAAUUUAUUUUUUUAGGGAUAAAUAAUGGUCUUUAUUUUUAUAAUGAGUAGUAAAUUUAAUAUCUAAUGACUAUUAAAUCAAAAGAAAAUAUUUUAGACCUCAACUUUGUAACAAAAAACUUAUUUAUUGUAGCCUUUUAAAGUUAAAUAUUGAAGUAUGAUUUAACUAGCUUUAUACAAAAUCUUGUAGAAGGAAUAUAAAAUAUUAAUCCAUCAGUUAAUAACAGAUACAAAUUUGUGUAAUUUCUAUGCUCAAGUGUAUUCUUAACUCUUGAUUAAAAACUGAUCCACUACAAUUUCUAAUAAGAUUAUUAGCUAAAUGAAAUUAAGCUAAACUAAUAUUAAAGACUCACAUCUUAUUAUAUGUUGACGACUCAACAAAUAUUACUAUUAGGUUUUAAUGAUGGAACUCUUAUUAUCUAUAAUUUAUAAGAUUUAGCAUUAAACUAUCUAAGCUUAUAAUUAAUAUCAGGUGCAACUCUUUAUGAUGAUGUGCAUUUUAUAUUUGAAACUGAAAGCUUUAUUUGGGUUGCUUCUUUAAAUAGCUAAGUUGUGUGCUUAUCUAAAAAUAAAAUCCAAGAGUUAAGUAGAUUUAAUUUUGUUAAAUUAAUGUCUAACAAUAGCUAAACUCUAGGGGUUAUAUAAAUAGAUGAACUUAAUUCUGUAAUAUUUAUGAACUUUUUUAAAGAAAAAAUAGUUCGAUGCUUGAAACUUAGUAAUUAACAACCACUAAUUAAUCUAUCGUUUCCUGAUUCUUAAAAAAACCGUAUUUUAAUCACAAAAACACUACUGAUAUUUUAUUCAACUUUUUAAUUGAAUAUUCACAGCAGAAAUUCUUUAAAAUUUAUGACAUCAAUCCGUAGAUAAAACCUUCAAGACUAGAUUAUUUCCAUCAAUAUUUUUGAUGAAAAAUACUAUUUUAUUGUUUCUUUCCACAAAUUUGAGCUAUUUAAAGUAGAUUAAAAUACCUAAAAAAUAACUUUGUUUGAUCAAGUUAGUGCUUAGUCUUUUAAAUUAAUGAAAGUUUUUUAUAAUGAAACUUCACAAUUUUUAAGAGUUAUUGGUUUAUCAAACAAUUAAAUUUUUGACUAACAGUACAGUAUGAUCUUUUAUGAGCUUUAAAAAUCUUUUAACCAGAUAUAAUGUAGCAUUAACAUUAAGGACUAGAAUUUCAUAUAAAUGUAAAAUUCAAUUGGUUUGAUUAUUCCACUUCAAAAUCAGCUACCAAAUCUUCUCUCUUUAUAAGAAUAACCGAAUUCUGCUUCAAAUACUUUUAUGACUAUUUAUUUAAACUAAUAAAAUCUUAAAGAAAUAAAUAUUGAAGCAACUUCUAAUAGUUAAAUCACUAUAGUUCCUAGCUAAGUAUAUCAAACCAAAAUUUACAUGAUAUCUAAAUACAAAUUUCAAAUAAUGAUAAUGUAGUAAUCAUGA